AUGGGGCGUAUCAACGAUUACUUUGGUGUCCUUUACCUCGGCAUAGCCGUUGGCAUCUACGUCAGGCCAGAAUACGCCAUCUUCGGCUCCCGAAUCGCAACAAUUGUCGUUCUACUUACGGGAAUCACCAUAUCAAAGCUGGUCUAUCAGCUAUUUGUCUACCCUGAGUUUUUCACGCCAUUCAAACACUUUCCCACUCCAUCGAAUCGGCACUGGCUCACGGGCAAUACGGGUAGUCUGCUCGUCGACACCCCCCAUGCGCUGAUGAAGGAGUGGGCCAAGACCAUCCCCAACGAUGGAAUUAUUCGUUACUACAUUGUGGGAAACAUGGAAAGGCUCACGAUAACCAGCCCUGCUGUCCUAAGCGAACUUUUGGUGAGCAAGGGUUACGAGUUCGCAAAGCCCUUGGUGAUACAGCAAACAUUGAGGCGUGUGCUGGGCAAUGGCAUCCUCAUUGCUGAAGGUGAGGAGCAUAAGUUUCAACGUAAGAAUCUUAAGCCCGCUUUUGCGUACCGCCAUGUCAAGGAUCUCUAUCCUGUCUUCUGGUCUAAGGGCACGGAGAUGGCGAGGUUGAUUCGAAAGGAUCUGCAGACCAGAAAGACCCCUGAAGAUAAUACAGUGCGAGUGGGAACCUGGGCCAGUCGAUCCUCGCUAGACAUCAUUGGUUUGGCGGGCAUGGGCAGGGAUUUUGACUCCUUGCGCGACCCCGAAAACAGUCUUAGCCAAUCUUACGAAAUGAUCUUCGCCACGCCAGGCUUGGGAACCAAGAUUCUUUUUAUACUUGGAUUGCUACUGGGGAAUACCACAUGGCUAGCAAAGCUACCCACCAAGCACAAUAACCUCAUUAACACAGGCUGCCGCAAUAUCCGUGAUGCCACGCUGCGGAUGAUUCGCGAGCAGAAGAUCAAGAUGGAAGAUCCAAAUGCAGAGGCCCAGGUCGACAUUAUUUCCGUCGCACUGCGAAGUGGCAAAUUUGAUGAUGAGAGUCUCGUCGACCAGUUGAUGACCUUCCUAGGUGCCGGCCACGAGACGACCGCCGGGGCUCUCCAAUGGGCUAUAUAUGCGCUUUGCAAGCACCCAGAUGUCCAGGCCCGCCUGCGCGACGAAGUCCGCGCCAACCUGCCGCCAAUUGACGUUGAACACCCCGGCCUAAUCGACGCUGCCACCAUUGAUAGCCUCCCAUAUUUGAAUGCUGUCUGCAAUGAAGUCAUUCGCUUUCACCCGUCUGUGCCAAACACCGUCCGUGUGGCACUACAGGACACCACCCUGAUGGGGAAACCUAUUCCUAAGGGUACGCAAGUCGUUAUUUCGCCGGAACUUGUUAACCAUAUGCCGUCGCUGUGGGGGGCGGACGCGGAGCAAUUUAACCCAGAUCGAUGGAUGGGGCCCGGUAAGGCCAACACUGGUGGCGCAUCCAGCAACUAUGCGUUCCUGAGCUUCCUUCAUGGUCCGCGCAGUUGUAUUGGGCAGGGAUUCGCCAAAGCGGAACUAGCAUGUCUCCUAGCUACGGUGGUUGGUAGCUUUGAGUUCGAAUUGAAGUACCCCGACGCUCCCCUGGAGGUGCGAGAGGGAGCGACUAUUGCACCGAAGGACGGCGUCCUGGCCAAAUUUACUCCAUUGAAAGGAUGGUGA